UAGGAACUCCUCUUCAGUCUGAUUCUUUUCCCAGGCAGGACAGUGAGGCUCCAGGAGCUCUGAGCCUAGCGUGCCAAGGCCCUCUCCUAGAGGCCUGCCAUGGCACCUCUGAAGCCCUUUCUCAUACUAGCCUUGCUGGCAUGGGUUUCUCUGGCUGACCAAGAGUCAUGCAAGGGCCGCUGCACCCAGGGCUUCAUGGCCAGCAAGAAGUGUCAGUGUGAUGAGCUCUGCACCUACUAUCAGAGUUGCUGUGCUGACUACAUGGAGCAGUGCAAGCCCCAAGUGACACGGGGGGACGUGUUUACUAUGCCAGAAGAUGAGUACGGGACCUACGACUAUCUAGAGGAGACCAAGAAUGAUACCAGCACCCCCCUCUCACCAGAGACCACGGCCACCUCUCUACAUCCUCGACAGCAGCUCCAAACUGAAGGGACUUCAGAGACAAUACCUCUGAAGGAACAGACUCCUACACUUGGGGCAGGCACCGGGGGGCCCGAAGUGGGGCACCAGGAGGUGCCUGGCACCACUGAGCAAGGGACCCCCGAGCUUCUAGAGGAAGAGCUGUGUAGUGGGAAGCCCUUUGAUGCCUUCACGGACCUCAAGAACGGUUCACUCUUUGCCUUCCGAGGGAAGUACUUCUACGAGCUAGAUGAAACAGCAGUCAGGCCGGGGUACCCCAAACUCAUCCAAGAUGUCUGGGGCAUCGAGGGCCCCAUUGAUGCUGCCUUCACGCGAAUCAACUGCCAGGGGAAGACCUACCUUUUCAAGGGUAGUCAGUACUGGCGCUUUGAGGAUGGCGUCCUGGACCCUGAUUUUCCCCGAAACAUCUCUGAAGGCUUCAGUGGCAUCCCAGACAAUGUCGAUGCCGCUCUAGCCCUUCCUGCCCACCGUUACCAUGGCCGGGAAAGGGCCUACUUCUUCAAGGGGAAGCAGUACUGGGAGUAUGAAUUCCAGCAGCAGCCCAGCCAGGAGGAAUGUGAAGGAAGUUCUCCGUCGGCCGUGUUCGAACACUUUGCUUUCCUUCAGCGGGACAGCUGGGAGAACAUCUUUGAGCUCCUCUUCUGGGGCAGAGGCUCUGAUGGCGUCAGAGAACCCCAGUUCAUCAGCCGGGACUGGCAUGGUGUGCCAGGGAAAGUGGACGCUGCUAUGGCCGGCCGCAUCUAUAUCUCAGGCUCCACAUCCCGCCCCGUCCAGUCCAAAAAGCCGAAGCGUAGGCGUGGAAGCCGAAAACGCUACCGUUCACGCAGUGGGCAUUGGCGCAGCCGAAGCCAGACCCCAAGCUCCCGACGUCGUUCGCGUUCACUCUGGUUGUCUUUGUUCUCCAGUGAGGAGAGCGGGCUGGGAACCUACAACUACGAUUAUGAUAUCAACUGGCUCGUGCCUGCCACCUGCGAGCCCAUUCAGAGCGUCUAUUUCUUCUCCGGAGGUGGGGCCCUGCUCCCCUUUAAGCUGGUUUGCUUGUGCCUUUCCCGCAGGCCCGCGUACCCGGGUCCUGUGCGCAGCCCGUACCUGCAUGGUGGACGUUCAGUUCUCUUCGGAGAGGAACCCUUGUUUCCCUCUGGGGACCAGUGGACAGGCCCAGGCAGAGUCUCACACACCUUCUUUUCUUUCUCUCUCAGACAAGUACUACCGAGUCAACCUCAGGACGCGGAUGGUGGACUCCGUGCACCCUCCGUACCCGCGCUCCAUCGCUCAGUACUGGCUGGGCUGCCCGGCCCCUCAGAAGUAGGCCCACACAGCAGCGCCUCCGGAACCCUGGCCUCCAGCCCUUCCUCCCAGCCCAAUAAAGCCUGUUGGCCCGGAGUUUAAGGCUAC